AUGUUCACCUUCCGUUUACCACUCUUUUCUUUCCUCCUCCUCUUCUCCACCACUACCACCACAACUACCGCCCAACCAUACAAACCCACUGACUACUUCCUCCUCAACUGCGGUGGUGAGUCGGUCACUUCCGAUCACCGGAAAUGGGACACCGAUGAACGCUCCAAAUUCAUACCCUCCACCACCUCCUUCACCUCCACCCCGAACUACCACAACCCCUCCAUCCCGGAAAUCCCAUAUUACACUGCCCGACUCUUCAACACUUCAUCAUUCACCUACACUUUUCCGGUGAUCACCAAUGGCCCUAAAUUUCUCCGCCUCUAUUUCUACCCUGCCACCUACUCCGGCUACCAAGCAAAUCAAUCUUACUUCUCCGUGUCAUCCAAUGGUUACACUCUCUUAUCCAACUUCAGCGCUUUCCUAACUGCAUCCUAUCUAGGAACUAACCUCGCUGACAGUUCCCCACUUCCCUACUUUAUCAAAGAAUACGUUAUAUAUGUAAACGAUACCCAAUCAUUAAACGUCACUUUUACCCCCUCCCCUAACUCGUAUGCCUUCAUUAACGGUAUCGAAAUCGUUUCACUACCCGAAAACUUAUAUUAUAAAUCAAAAAACAUGAAAUGCAUCGGUCUAAGUGCCGGACCCAUGAUCAAAGAGUACGUUGGUCUCGAGAAUAUUUACCGGUUAAACGUCGGUGGAAUACAGAUUCCGCCCACUGGGGAUACCGGGAUGUACCGAUUGUGGGAUCAAGAUGAUCGAUACCUGUUCUCAGCACCAGGCGUCACGCAGGUUUACAAGAAUCCGAUCACCUACACUGCUGAGACACCGAAUUACACCGCACCUGAAGUAGUUUACGCUACCCAAAGAAGCAUGGGUAAAUUGUCUAAACGUUACAAUCUGACGUGGCUACUUCCGGUGGAUUCCGGGUUUUAUUACAUGCUUAGGCUCCAUUUUUGUAGUAUUAUACUGGAAUACACGAGAAAAGAUGCGGUGAUAUUUAAGAUUUUUAUUAAUAAUCAAACGGCUGAAGAUUCUGCUGAUCUGUUUUACUGGACUCAAGGUACCGGGUUUCCCGUGUUUAAGGAUUAUGUCGUAUAUGUGUUUGAUUCUGAUGGUAGUGGAAGAAAACAAGACUUAUGGCUCGCGAUGGCUCCUGACGUUGAAUACUCUGAAGAAUACAGUGAUGCUUUUUUGAACGGUUUGGAAGUUUUCAAGCUUAGCAUGAAUAGAAGUCUCGCUGGCCCCAAUCCGGAGCUCCAACCUACACCACCGUCUCCAUCACCACCAUCCCCUACCGGAAAAAAGAAAACUCCGCCAUAUGCCGCCAUAAUUGGCGGUAUUGGCGGAGCGUUAGUACUCAUGUUGUCGGUUUUAGGUUUUAUCGUUUUCCGGCGAGUGAAACGCUCCGGCGACAAGUCCGAUGAGCAAAAAUCAAAAGAUUCCGGCCUUCCGUCUGGGAGGUGUCGCAGACCAGUGGUCAUAAAGCUAGAGGAUCCCGAAGAAGUGGUGAGUUUGGCUGAAUGGGGGAGGUCAAAUUAUGGAAACGGGACGUUGCAUGAGAUAGUUGAUAAGAGAAUAAGUGAUGAGAUUGCUCCUAAUUCUUUGAUGAAGUUUGGUGAGGUGGCAAAUAGUUGUUUAAGAUCAAAAGGGAGUAAACGUCCGAAUAUGGAAGAAGUUGUUUGGGGGUUAGAGUUUGCGUUGCAGUUACAGCUGGAGGCAGCUGAGAAGAUAGAUGGAGAGGUGGCAGGUGAGAUGAAAGGUGGCAGUGGCAUGUCGGGAAAUCAAGAAUUUAUGUUUCCGGUGAAAGGAGAGGAUGUGAGUGUAGUUGAGGAGUAUGAGUAUGAGUUAGAGGAGUCGACUGGAGUGGGAAUACAACAUGGAUUGACAUCGACUGAUGGCAGCAGCCAUGAAGUGUGUGUGUCGGAAACGGUUUUACCCAGAUGA